AUGGUGCCAGAAGAACAGAAUGAUUGAUGGGAAACAGACAUCGGACUAUAAGACGCUCAUCCUUGUGCUUCAGAUACUGAUAUCUCAGCACAUCUGAACAGCCCCUGUAAGCCGGGAACGUUGAGGAUCACUCAGGGUUAUCGGAUGUACAAUGGGAGAGCCAUCGCUUUGCUGAACUGUCUGCUUCUGGACAUCUUGAACAAAACCAAACUAGACCUGAGUCUAAUAGAUACGUUCUAGGAUGAAGAAAAAGCUGCAAGUUGUUGAUGCCUAACACACAGCUAUGUUAGGCUUCCACCAAAGUCAUCAGUAUUCCUGAGUAUGCACCAUAUCUAAAUCCUUCGUAUUGGUUUGGAAUCUUUUUGAAAUCUCAUCCUCUUUCUUUUUUUAAGUAUACAGACUUACCUACAUUAACAGACACAUAUAUGUGUAUGUAAAAUAGACACAGAUUACAGAGAAGCCACGAAGAUAACAAAGAAUUUAGAGAUGUAUUUGUCAAGAUUCUUGUCCAUUCAUGCCCUUUGGGUUACAGUGUCCUCGUUGAUGCAGCCCUACCCUUUGGUGUGGGGACACUAUGAUGUGUGUAAAACUCAGAUUUACACAGAAGAAGGGAAAGUGUGGGAUUACAUGGCCUGUCAGCCAGAAUCCACGGACAUGACCAAAUAUCUGAAAGUGAAACUGGACCCUCCAGAUAUUACCUGUGGAGACCCUCCGGAGUCAUUCUGUGCAAUGGGCAACCCCUACAUGUGCAAUAACGAGUGUGACGCAAGUACCCCUGAGCUGGCGCACCCGCCGGAGCUGAUGUUUGACUUUGAAGGAAGACAUCCCUCCACGUUCUGGCAGUCUGCUACAUGGAAGGAGUACCCCAAGCCUCUCCAGGUUAACAUCACUCUAUCUUGGAGCAAGACCAUUGAGCUCACAGACAACAUAGUGAUUACUUUUGAAUCAGGGCGUCCAGACCAAAUGAUUCUGGAGAAGUCUCUUGACUACGGACGAACAUGGCAGCCCUAUCAGUAUUAUGCCACAGAUUGCUUAGAUGCUUUUCACAUGGAUCCGAAAUCCGUGAAGGAUCUAUCACAGCACACGGUCUUAGAAAUCAUUUGCACAGAAGAGUACUCCACGGGGUAUACAACAAACAGCAAAAUCAUCCACUUUGAAAUCAAAGACAGGUUUGCAUUUUUUGCUGGACCUAGGCUGCGGAAUAUGGCUUCUCUCUAUGGCCAGCUGGAUACAACCAAGAAACUCAGAGAUUUCUUUACAGUCACAGACCUGAGGAUAAGGCUGUUGAGACCAGCUGUUGGGGAGAUAUUUGUAGAUGAGCUUCACUUGGCACGCUACUUUUAUGCAAUCUCAGACAUAAAGGUGCGAGGAAGGUGCAAGUGUAAUCUCCAUGCCACUGUGUGCGUGUAUGACAACAGCAAACUGACAUGUGAAUGCGAGCACAACACUACAGGUCCAGACUGUGGGAAAUGCAAGAAGAACUAUCAGGGCCGACCUUGGAGCCCAGGCUCGUAUCUUCCCAUCCCCAAAGGCACUGCAAAUACUUGUAUUCCCAGUAUUUCCAGCAUUGGUAAUUGCGAAUGCUUCGGCCACUCCAAUCGAUGCAGUUAUAUCGAUCUGCUAAACACAGUCAUUUGCGUGAGCUGUAAACACAACACUAGAGGGCAGCACUGUGAGUUAUGCAGGCUGGGCUACUUCCGAAAUGCUUCCGCGCAGCUGGACGAUGAGAAUGUAUGCAUAGAGUGUUAUUGUAACCCUUUGGGCUCAAUCCAUGACCGUUGUAAUGGCUCAGGAUUUUGUGAGUGUAAGACUGGAACGACAGGGCCUAAGUGUGAUGAGUGUCUGCCGGGAAAUUCCUGGCACUACGGCUGUCAACCGAAUGUCUGCGACAACGAGCUCCUGCACUGCCAGAACGGAGGGACGUGCCACAACAACGUGCGCUGCCUGUGCCCGGCCGCGUACACCGGCAUCCUCUGCGAGAAGCUGCGGUGCGAGGAGGCGGGCAGCUGCGGCUCGGACUCGGGCCAGGCGGCGCCCCCGCAGGGCUCCCCGGCGCUGCUGCUGCUCACCGCGCUGCUGGGGACAGCCAGCCCCUGGGCCUUUUAGGCGCUGCAUCCAGCCAUCGGACAGGCCUGUACCGUGGGAAAACAAACACAACGCAAGCACUUGUUACUAACGUCGAAAACACACCCACACCCCCUCCAACACAGUGUACCAACGAAGGAGGCCUAACUGAACUAAGCCAUAUUUAUCAGACGGGGACGACACAUCGGAGUCAAGACUCUUAAUUCCUGACUACAGAGGCGUUGCAGCUGUUGGUAUUCUGGCUGCAAAUCACAUCGCCAGCUGAGGAGCUUUUUGUGCAUUGGAAAGGCUUUGACAGCCCCACCCUGCCCCCACCAGGAAAGACAGCAAAAACAAACAAGCAAACAAAUCAACCAACCUAAAAACACUUGCUACUCUAACGUGGUGCAUCCUAGUACAGCUCUGCCCUGUGUGGACCAACCAAAUGAACGUUCUUUGCUGUCAGGUGCACUGUGGGUAUACGGAAACCUGUUAAAAGCUGCCAUAUUGGCCUGCUUCAGUCCCUGAACCCCUCCCGACCUGUGCUUUAGUGAACGUUGCUCUGUAACCCCUGUUGGUUGAAAGAUUUCUUUGUCUGAUGUUAGUGAUGCACAUGUGUAAAAGCCCCCCUUCCCAAGCGCAAGCCAGUCAUACCCUUGUAUAUCCUAGCAGCACUAAGUCAGCAGUGUGUGCUCACACCCACUGUACAAGAGUGGCUAUAGAAAAAAGAAAGUGUAUCUAUCCUUUUGUAUUCAAAUGAAGUUAUUUUUCUUGAAAUACUGUAAUAUGUAGAUUUUUUGUAUUAUUGCCAAUUUGUGUUACCAGACAAUCUGUUAACGUAUCUAAUUCCGAUCAACAAAGACUGACAUUUAAUUUUGUCCUCCUUUGUUCUGUUGCGUUUCAUUGUACAGAGAUUUCUCUGUAAGGGCAACGACCGUGCUGGCAUCAAAGAAGUAUCAGUUUACAUAUAUAACAAGUGUAAUAAGAUUCCACCAAAGGACAUUCUAAAUGUUUUCUUGUUGCUUUAACACUGGAAGAUUUAAAGAAUAAAAAUUCCUGCAUAAACCAUUUCAGGAAUUUGUAUCGCAAUUUCUUAAGAUGCAAGAAGCAGACGCCAAGCAGGUUCACACUCACUUCACUGAUUUCUGUGUGGACGUUGAACUGAUGAAUGUAGUUCCCAGGAAGAUGGAUUCACGACCACUAGCUGGACAACUUCUGCAAAAUAUGAGACUAUUUCCACUCGGGAAAAAUUAUAGCAGACAAAAGAAAAAAGAAAAAGAAAGGAAGGAAGGAAGAAAGAAUCUAAGUGAUUUCCAAGAUUAUGCCAAAGCCUGUUGGCAGAGUACUAAGAGACUUAUCUUUGAGUCAUGCUAUUUUCACAGAAUGAUGGUUAUCAUGUGGCUCUAGGGAUGCUAAUCUAUGUAUCUUUCCAAAUACAGUGUUUACAUGGAGGAUCAUAAGAGGCCACCUGGGGAACCAGGACAGUAACAGGGAAAUUGAGUGAUUAGCAAUUUGACUUUGGAUAUAUUCAGACGAAGUAUUUAAAUGAAAUAUCAAAAUAUACAGCAGCAAGUAGACAUAACUGCUGUUGCUGAGAAUAAAGUUUGUUUUAAGUACUGCCCAAGGUGUAAUAAAUUCUUGUUUCUGCCUUUUACUAGGCCAAUUACCGAACAAGACAGCAAGGGGAGGAGGGUGGGGGAAAAUCCGCAAAGUUUCAAAGAGACUGAAACAGUGUAUAUUCCAUUCCUAGCACAGUGUUGGCCUAUAUGUUACAAAUGCGUUAGCAGCAGCAUCUCCUGGAAUCAAAAACAAUUAUCAGUCCAAGCCAGAGUCUUAAGGACAGCGGAGUCCUACAUGACUUGGUAGAGCAAUAACCUAUGAUAGUAUUAGGUCAGAAGCCUCUUUCUAGUCUGAAUUCUCCACCCUGCUGCCACUCCUUGCUGGAAUGGGGUGGGGGUGGGGAAAUGCCUUCUAAUAAAUAACCUGAGUCAAAACUAGAUGAAGGAACAGCAUGUCUUAUUGGUUUUGUUCCCAGAAAAGCCAAUUCGAAGAAGGCAAUAAAAGGUAAACAGGUGAUGCCUGUACUGCCUGCCACCCCGCGUCUAAGUCGAUUGAAUGUUUGUUAUUCAAACCAACAGUCUCUUUUGAAAUAAAUAAAUUAGAGCUUUGGCUUAGUGUCAGAGUGACCAACCAUAAAUCGGAGAUUUAUAUUAGAAAGAUAAAUAUAAAAUUAUAUUUCAAGCUCACCAAAGAAUGCACAUGAAAAUUCUGAUAGCAUAGAGUUUCAGAUUACUAACAAUGAGAUAGAUUCCUAAUAUUAAAAUUGGAGUUUAAGUUGUUUUAUAGUUUAUUAGCACAAACCAAAGGCAGACUGUGUGUUAUUUCUGGCAACGAUGCACUUUAUCAUUAUCCGCUCAUGGCUUUGUCACAAUGCUCAGGAAUCAGAUGCUGCACAGUUCAAUAUGUGGGAUUCCAAAAGCUAAUUCUAAAAUUUAAUGAAGACCUGAUCUAUUCAUCUGCAUUUUAUCUUUAUGAGGCUAUAAGAAUCUAAAUUGAUGAGAAAUAUCUUGCAUUCAGUGUAUUUAGAUAUAGUUUUCUGAAUUUCCUGAAGUGAUGUGAUCUGCUUUUAAUAAAAAUUCACUUUUAGGUAUAUGAUGGAAA